AUGAUUCCUCGACAAGGCUAUGCGCCGACGCCGCAUAGCUAUGUUCCUAAUAGCAGCUUCUCAGCCACAAUUAACCUAGAUGAGGAAGUCAAGCUGACAGGCUCUCGAGCUGAGCGUGAUCUCCAAGACUCCCUCGCGGAGCUGUUCAGCAUCAUCGUGACGCUUGACGAGCUCGAAAAGGCUUUUCUGAAGGAUGCGAUUCCCGAAGCAGAAUACACCGAGAUUUGCGAGCGAUCGUUGCGCCAGUACAAGGCGCUUUUGGCAGACGAGACCAUCGCCGCCGAGUUCCAGGGCCUAGAAGAAUUCAAAGCCAAGUGGGAUCUCCAGGCACCUCGUGCCACCGAACGUCUCCGUGUAGGCAUGCCUUCGACCACCGUAACGGCAUCGUCCUCUGCCCCCAGCCAGCAAGCCUCCUCAGCUGCCAACAAUACCAGCGGUGUACUCAUCCUCGAAGCCACUCAAGAAUUCAUCACGUUUCUCGACGCUGUCAAGCUGGGCAUGCUGUCUAAAGACCAGCUACAUCCCCUAUUAUCCGAUGUGAUUCAGUCUGUAAACCGCGUCACAGACCAGGACUUUGACAAUAGAGGCAAAAUUGUGCAGUGGUUAAUUACGCUUAAUCAGAUGAAGGCCUCGGAUGAGUUGAGCGAGCAGCAAGCCAGGGAGCUGGAAUUGGACAUUCAGCAGGCAUAUCAGGGAUUCAGAAGAACACUGACAUGA